AUGGCAGACGACUACGACAGCUCCGAUGAUGCUAGCUCUGACUUUUCAUCUUCAGUGGCAUCCAGCAUGGUCGAUGGGAAAAUCUUCCAACUAUCCACCCAGCCUGUGCACAGUCUUCUCUGGAGGCAUGCUGGCGCUUCUAUUGUUAGCUCCCUCCUCGCCGUUGUAGCGAAGAUGGUUAUUUACGUUCAGGUGUUUCAUUAUUCAGGCUUUCGAUCCACUUCCCUUUUUGCAACAUAUCAACCGAUUAUUUCUCUCCUUUGCCAGCACCCUAUCCUUGCCCUCGCCAAAGCAUCGGCCAGAUUUGCGGGGCGUGCACUGGGGCAAAUGCAAAUUCAAAUCGCCAACGUUUACUACUCUCAUUACUUCUUUAUGGCGGCGAUAUGGGCUCUCCUUAUUCCCUUGCUCUUCACUAGCUGGUAUCAAUCCCUUGCUUGUUUUGUAACGAUGUCUGCAACAUCUGCAAUAAGCUUCUCUACGCCUUACUUCGCCCUGAUGACAGGCAUGUCCACGCUCUUCAAUGUCGUGACUAUAGGUAUGUCUCCAUUUGUUCGUCUGGAGAAUCGUACCUUUGUAGAUAUUGUACGCAGUGGGCUGCUUUCUGUGCUUUCUGUACUCUUUUGUUCCAUAUCGUAUUAUAUAGCGUAUAUGUACGGAGCAACGGCCAACGAAGGAGGGUUGAUAGCGGCUGGAACCGGAAACAUAAUAGCUCAUCUGUUCGUGUCCAUCUGGUUGACAAUGCUCGUCUUCCGGAAGACGGUUCUUCAAGUAGCCUUGAAAGGUGGGCUCAAGUUUUCUACAAAGCGGCUGUUCCCACUAAAUGGUCGCAUAUUACUAAAGGUCUUCCUUAUCGGGAUGCUGCACUGGUUUCUUGAAUCCAUAGAUGAUGUGUUAGUAGCACUGGUCAACAUACUCUACGGCAUUAAGUACACAGACCGUACCUCUAUGCAUGCUCGGCGUAUAGCGUUUUAUAACUAUCUACUCAUGCGUGAGGCAGCCAAUGUCAUCAACAAUGGGCUACUAUCAGGAUUUGCAAUCACUACAAACUAUAACUUAGUACUCAGAAAGUACUCGCGUAUGUACAAGGCCAUGUUGUUUGCAUUCAUGUUUAUGACCAUAGCGAGCACGCUUGUAUGCGUUAUCUUGGGGCCCCUUGCUGAGCCUCUGCUCUUGGCUGUCCAACCUCUAAUUCGCAAGCCCACUGACGACGUGAUCCUUCUCCAGAAGUAUCUCAAGCAAACAGGAAAGCUUGCUUUCAUUACUCCUCCCCUCAUGCCGGCGUACUGCAUCAUGACUGUGCUUGCUCAGCUUGAGGGUCGCUCACUACUGAGCAUCCUACUGCCACUACCCAGGACUGUGACAACCAUAGUCAUACUCAUCAUUACAGCGUCAGUGAACGGAGACCAGGGCGACUACCUAUUUCCAUUUCCAAUCGGAGACGCCAUUUCAGCGAUCAUUGGGAUCUGUAUGUUUGCUUAUAGUGUGUGCCGGUAUAAGAUACUGAGUCGAAUGAGUGAUCCAAACGUUGCACAAAUCGAGGAUAGCAGGAAAACAGCGGCUACAGGCAAGCAACUUUCUGAGGCUAAGCCCAUGGAGCACAUGCUUGGAAGCGGAAGCUCACUGGGAGAAAGCGGGACAGUUGGCUCUGGCAGCACCAGCGGUAACAGUACACCUAGGGGACGGGGCUGGGAAUCCUCUAGUAAUCCAGAAUAA